GAGCGAGGAGGCACACUCGAAAACACCAUGGAGUGGACUGUGACUGUCUGCGCCUUCGUCCUAAUUGUGCAACAUUUACAAUCAGGCCAAUGUACAACAUGGUCGUGCGACUUUGAGACCAGUGACCUAUGCGGGUACACCCAGGACACCGCAAAUGGCCAGGACUGGAUCCGUCAUUCCGGACCGACACCAACCACUAACACUGGGCCGUCAGUUGAUCAUACGCUGGGCACUGCAUUAGGUUAUUACAUGUACCUGGAGACAUCAGUACCUGGCAAUCAAGGUGACGCUGCCCGCCUUGUCUCCUCGCCCUUCCCCGCCAACAGUGCUCCCUACUGCCUGAGGUUCUACUACCACAUGUUCGGGGACAGUACGGGGACUCUCAACGUGUACAUCAGGAAGCAAGGCAUCCUGGGAACCCCGGUUUGGACGGUUAGCGGUAACCAGGGUAACGCCUGGCAGUUCGGACAUGCGCAGAUGGACGGAAGCAGCAGUUUCAACGUCGUCUUUGAGGCCGUUCGCGGAAACGGCUUCAGAGGAGACAUCGCUAUCGAUGACGUCACUGUCAGUGAUGAAUGUGUUCCAAUUCCAACAACAGUUCUGCCUACAACAACACCAUUUCCGGACUCCUCUGCAUUCUGUACAUUUGAACUGUCGUCCAUAUGUGGGUACCGACAGGACAUCCACGACUCGGCUGAGUGGACAUGGCACCAAGGACAUACGAGUACUGGCGACACAGGGCCAGGUGUGGACCAUACCUUGGGCACAGUACAAGGGCACUACAUGUACUUCGAGGCAUCCAACAUCGACCCCGGAGUGACGGCACGCCUGUUGUCUCCUACCCUUCCCGUUAUCCCCUCGUCUUCAAGCCAUACCAGCUACUGCCUGACGUUCUGGUACCACAUGUACGGCCUCCAUAUCGGCACUUUAAACGUCAACCAAAAAGAGAGAGGAGGCUCCGAAGCCCCCAUAUGGAGUCUCUCAGACGAACAAGGCAACGCCUGGCAACAAGGACAGCUUCCUCUAGGUGGUACCACGGAGUCUACGGUAGUGUUUGAGGCAGUCCGCGGCAGCAGCUACAAGGGAGACAUCGCAAUAGAUGAUGUCGAAGUAAUUCAAUACAGAGGACAAUGCGAAUUGAUCCCUGCUUCUGCCAUGGUUCCUUUACCCUCAACACCCACCAUCACCACUCAAUCAUCCAGUACAAGUGCUUACCUAUCAACGUCAGGGUCAUUGUCCGCAGCAACAACAGCAGAGCAGCCGUCUACAGCAAUGUCGACAGAAGUAUCGUCGGCAAGCGUCACAAUCGCAACUGGGACAUCAUUGACAACCGACCGUACCCCUCCAGCUACAACUGCAAGUGUACCUACCACACCCACCAUUACUGCCCAAUCAUCAUUCACAACCGACCGUAUCCCCUCAGCUACCACUGACGGUGUACCUCACACACCCACCAUUACUAGCACACGUGCCGAUCUAACAACGUCAGGAACACUGCCAAUAGAAACGUUAACAACAGAAGGGCAGACUACGGAAAUGUGGACUACGGAGACAUCAUCAACAGCCUCCAACAUUGUGACAGAGCCAUCUACGACACCCGAUAGACCGACCACCUUGCAGACUGGACCCACAUUUGACGUCGAAACAACAGCAGCGCUAACGUCUACAGCAGUGUCAACAGAACCGCCAUCUACCGUCAGCACCACCUCGGCAGGGCAAACUACAACUACCACCGAUUCACUGCCGCUCACAGAUAGAACAACUCCAGUGUCUGUAGGGCCAAUGGGAACAAGUUCCACGCAGUCAUCUCGCACCACUCGAUUCGGAACCACGAUGGGAGGCAAUCUUUCAAGUGGACAAACUGGCAACAACACUGCCACGACUAUCAUCAUAGCAGUUGCAGUGGUACUGAGUCUGGUCUUCGGAGUUGUGGUAGGAGUUGUCGCUACUGUAUCCUACAAAAAGAAGAAAAGGACUCGGUCGGGACACGCAAAAGUCAAGUACGUUGCUGACGAAAACAAGCCGGCUUCUGCAGAUGACUCCUUCCCAGGUGUCGUCGACGGAAGGGUGGAAUUUGAGAACCCCACGUUCGAACACAUCUACGAGGAGUUACCAAACGUGGUGGCAAAUCACACAGCGUCGCGGCAAGAACAAAGACCGCUGUCGGCUAUCUCGUCUGUACAAAACGAAGUCUACAUGGAGAUAAACGACCACGAAGUUUGCGGCGCAAAAGCUUCAUCACAGCAGCCCGUGCCAGUUAGUAAAGGCGACGGUCACAUUUCUUCACCGGUUAAUGCGCUGUUUCCAUCUCCACGUCAAGAUCACCAAGGGGUCAGACACCAUGGUGGCCACCGCAAGAGAAACGCCGAGGACGGAUAUAACAGGCAAGGGUACCGAAGAGAUCACUGGGGGACAGAGAACGACUACCUUCCGCCGGUGAAUGAUCCAAACGUGCAGCACCUGAACCACUCGCGGAGCAACGAUGAAGACUAUGAACGCAUACGUACUGACCCCUACCAGAACUUAAACCCACGUCAUCCUGCACAUUACGAAGGCCUUCGACCGGAUCACUAUCAGAGACUGAAUGCUCCUGGGCGUGCGCCAAAUCCGGACGGGUAUCAGAGUCUUCGUCAAAAUCAGUACCAACAUUUGAAUGCUCCUGAGCGCGCGCAGAAUCCGGACGGGUAUCAGAGUCUUCGCUGAACGGCC